AUGACAGACGUCACCUCUCUCGACUCUGGAACCGCAGCCUUCACCACUGCCGCCGCCGCUGCUGCUACUUAUGGAACCUCCAUCGGCAGUCAGGCCGUCAGCUCCGCAGCUGUCCUGCAGACGGAAACGGUGAUGGUUGACGCCAGAGCAGCAUCGGGACGGGGACGCACACCACGGGUCACACCCACAACACAUUUCAUACACACAAUUGAAAGCACGCCUGGAAUUUAUGGAGCGCAUUGCAUUCAUUUCUUCAAGUCAGCUGUGUGCCGUACCGUGUACUGCAGAUUAAGGCUCUUCCCCAACAUCUCUCAACACUCCGUCCUAG